AGACCGAAAAAAAUUAACAAUUAACAAACGUCCUUUUUCUAGUCGUCUCGCGGCGACCUCGCACAAGCGUGUUACAUUCCUCGUCUGACUUAUCGCUGUUUAUCAAACUGACAUGCUAGUUGGCGAUAAUGUUAUCUGACCCGGAAGACGACCAGCCGACGUAAACACAGCAAGCUUUACAGAGUAAAUGCGAUAAUUAACCGAUUUUAUUCACUACCAGCCAUGACAUGUGUCGGGGACGAAGACGACCCUUUUCCCGUGGACGACUGUCUGUUUGCCGAGACAUUUUCUCAAGAAAACCUGUACAAUUUGGUCGGUGAGGAGCUGAAGAUAAGACAGGUGUUCGGGGCCAACCUCGGCGUGGCCGCGCCGGUCUGGGAAGCUGCGUUACACUUGUGCCGUUACUUCGAGGAGCAGUCCGUGGAGCUGGGGGGAAAGCGCGUCAUAGAGCUGGGAGCGGGGACCGGGGUGGUCGGCAUUUUGGCAGCACGCCUCGGUGCGGCUGUUACCCUCACAGACCUCCCUGUGGCUCUCCCACAGCUGCAGGCCAACGUCUCAGCUAACAUGCCGUCCAGUGGUUGGCCUUCCCAUCCUCCCGCUGUCCUCCCACUGUCCUGGGGUGAGGACCACAUGAAAUUCCCAUCUGACUGGGAUCUGGUGCUUUGUGCAGAUAUAAUUUACCUCCCAGAGACUUAUCCGCUGCUUGUGGAGACACUGACUCAUUUGUGCAAGAAUGGUGCUGUGGCAUAUCUCUCGUCCAAGAUGCGGAAAGAGCACGGGACUCCAGGUUUCUACGAGGACUGUCUACCAAGCAGAUUUAAUGUGGAGCUUGUGCAUCGUGAUGACAAACAAAACAUGAAUAUCUACAGGGCAUCUCUAAGAACAGACCAGUGACGACAGGGACAGCUGUCUACAGGCCUGGGACUACGAUUUGUGACUGUAGUAACACCAGUUAUGGCUCUGGUUUCUUGGGUGCCUUUUGAGAGAAUUCUGAAAAAAUUAAUAAGUAAAUGAAAGCAGUGAAUGCAUUCUGUAAAACAAAUCUGUCAGAAAGAGAAGAUCAACUGCUGCUGCACAAUAAAAGUACAGAGAUUCAGAUGAUACUCACUCUCUUUACUUUUAGUAUGUGUUUUAUCAUGCAUGCAGCAAUUUGUUAUGCUUAAUUUGUUUACUCCCAGUGAAUUCUCCUUAGAAAGAAAGGAUCAAAGGAUCAUUUUCCUUAGUUGUCCAUUGGUUUUGUUUUAUUUAUAUAUUUAUAUGGGUAUUACUAAGAGUACUAUCAUUUACUUAACAUAUAUGUAAUAUCCUAUUCAUAUUUCAUUUUUUACACCAGGGACUGUUUUUACAAUACAUGUCUUGAAUA